GGCAUCGACAAGCCCGGAAGCGAGCUUCAUGCUCCAAUGCCGCAGUGCCGAGUCUGUGACCAUUGGCAGCACGUUUGGACCGUCGUAAACCGGCUCCCAACUGACACAUUUCCUUUCGGGACGGGAACUGACUUUGUUGAUUCCUGACGCCGCUUCUCUCGUCGACGGCAACUCCUAGCUUCGACCGAGUCUUUGGCGACUCGCACACUCAACAGGAUGUCUUUGCAAGCGUUGAGCCGAUACUGAAGGCGCUCUUUACAGGUAUGCCCCAGGCUUCCUGGCGACUCAUGAGCGGCAGUCUCGUGCCAAUGUGCGCCCAAGCUCGGGAUACUCACUGCCUCGGAUCGCACUCUCGACCACUCCUGCCAGGCAAAAAUGCAACAGUCUUUGCAUACGGUCAAACGGGAUCAGGAAAGACACACACCAUGAACGGAUCUUCGUCCUCAGAUCCUGGAAUCAUUCCGCGUGCCAUCGAGCUGCUGCUGAAUCACAUUCAAGCGGAGAAGCUGCAAGCAACCAUACAGGGCUCGUGGCUGGAAAUUUACAACGAAAAGAUUUUUGAUCUGCUGUCAUCUGAGCGAGUGCCUGGUGGACUGGAUCUAAGGGAAGCCCCCGGCCGCAGCAUUGUCGUUGCAGGCUUGACCAGGAUGGACAUCAAGUCGAUGCCCGAUUUCCAGAGCAGCCACGGCCUUGCCCUCAAAAAUCGCUCAACAGGAGCGACAAAGCUGAAUGAGCACUCGUCCCGAUCACAUUUCGUGCUGCAGCUUCACAUUUCGACACAGCAAAGCCCAGAGGUGCUGCUAUCGUCGAAGCUCCAUCUUAUUGAUCUGGCCGGCUCUGAAGACAACCGUCGGACCGGAAACUCGGGCGCCCGGCUCGUCGAAAGCGGUGCCAUCAACCGGAGCCUGUUCGUGCUCGGCCAGGUCGUCGAGGCACUCAACAAAAGCGCAUCUCGGGUUCCAUACAGAGACUCCAAGAUCACGCGGUUUCUUCAAGACUCGCUGGGUGGGACCGCAUUAGGGCUGAUGAUUGCAUGCAUCUCCCCUGAACCGUUUGAUUUUGUGGACUCGUACAACACCCUCAAUUUUGCAACAAAGUCGUCAUUCAUCAAAAACAACAUUGUUAUCAACGAAACCGUUGUUCAAACGGUCUCCGUUGCAUCAAGGGAAGCACAGCUCGCCGAGUAUCGCAGCAAGAAAAAGCGCGGUAUCGAAGGGAAGGGAAGGCUCAACGAGCCUGCGAAGCGGGCCCGCUACAGCAACAACUCUGGCAACUCGUCCCUCUCCGAAAACAGCAGCUUCGAGAUGUCUCCGGGCAAGUUCAAGGACAUCAUCACGGGGGUCGAGGGCGCAGUCACGCACGCGAUUCCGAAAUACAUUGCCGGUGGGACCUCCAAGGCCGAGUUUAUCGUCAGCCAGAUGCUGGAGCACGAGGAAUUCAAGGUACAGGGCUGUUGAAGGACGCACGGCGGUUAUGUCGGUCCUGUGGCGCCUGUGGUGUGGCCGACGUUGACGCUUGUUGGAUGAUACUCUGGCUAACGUUUGUCAUUUGUCUUGCUGCUGUGCAUGUGUCGUUGCCGGCUACAUCGUCUGCUGCGCCUGUA